CUUUCAAGAUGGCUUGAAAACAGCUGAUAAAUUGAAACAGUACAUUGAAAAACUGGCUGCUGAUUUAUAUAAUAUAAAACAGACCCAGGAUGAAGAAAAGAAACAGCUAACUGCACUCCGAGACUUAAUAAAAUCCUCUCUUCAACUUGAUCAGAAAGAAUCUAGGAGAGAUUCCCAGAGCCGGCAAGGAGGAUACAGCAUGCAUCAGCUCCAGGGCAAUAAGGAAUAUGGUAAUGAAAAGAAGGGGUACCUGCUAAAGAAAAGUGACGGGAUCCGGAAAGUAUGGCAGAGAAGGAAGUGCGCCAUUAAGAAUGGGAUUCUGACCAUCUCCCAUGCCACAUCUAACAGGCAACCAGCUAAGUUGAACCUUCUCACAUGCCAGGUGAAACCAAAUGCCGAGGACAAGAAGUCUUUUGACCUGAUAUCACAUAAUAGGACAUAUCACUUUCAGGCAGAAGAUGAGCAGGAUUAUGUAGCAUGGAUAUCAGUAUUGACAAAUAGCAAAGAAGAGGCCCUAACCAUGGCAUUCCGUGGAGAGCAGAGCGCAGGCGAGAACAGUUUGGAAGAUCUGACAAAAGCCAUUAUUGAGGAUGUCCAGCGGCUCCCUGGGAAUGACGUCUGCUGCGAUUGUGGCUCAUCAGAACCCACCUGGCUUUCAACCAAUUUGGGUAUUUUGACCUGUAUAGAAUGUUCUGGCAUCCAUAGAGAAAUGGGAGUUCAUAUUUCUCGUAUUCAGUCUUUGGAACUAGACAAAUUAGGAACUUCUGAACUCUUGCUGGCCAAGAAUGUAGGAAACAAUAGUUUUAAUGAUAUUAUGGAAGCAAAUUUACCCAGCCCUUCACCAAAACCCACCCCUUCAAGUGACAUGACUGUACGGAAAGAAUAUAUCACUGCAAAGUAUGUAGAUCAUAGGUUUUCAAGAAAGACCUGUUCAUCUUCAUCAGCUAAACUGAAUGAAUUGCUUGAAGCCAUCAAAUCCAGGGAUUUACUUGCACUAAUUCAAGUCUAUGCAGAGGGGGUAGAGCUAAUGGAACCACUGCUGGAAUCUGGACAGGAGCUUGGGGAAACAGCCCUUCAUGUUGCAGUCCGAACUGCAGACCAGACAUCUCUCCAUUUGGUUGACUUCCUUGUACAAAACUGUGGGAACCUGGAUAAGCAGACAGCCCUGGGAAAUACAGUCCUACAUUACUGUAGUAUGUACAAUAAACCUGAGUGUUUGAAGCUUCUUCUCAGGAGCAAGCCCACUGUGGAUAUCGUUAACCAGGCUGGAGAAACUGCCUUGGACAUAGCAAAGAGAUUAAAAGCUACGCAGUGUGAAGAUCUGCUUUCCCAGGCUAAAUCUGGAAAGUUCAAUCCACAUGUUCAUGUAGAAUAUGAGUGGAAUCUUCGACAGGAGGAGAUGGAUGAAAGCGACGAUGAUCUGGAUGACAAACCGAGCCCAAUCAAGAAAGAGCGCUCUCCCAGACCUCAGAGUUUCUGCCACUCUUCCAGCAUCUCCCCCCAGGACAAGUUGGCACUGCCAGGAUUCAGCACUCCAAGGGACAAACAGCGGCUCUCUUACGGAGCCUUCACCAACCAGAUCUUUGCCUCCACAAGCACAGACUCGCCAACUUCACCAACCACAGAGGCUCCACCUCUGCCUCCUAGAAACACCGGGAAAGAAUGUAAAAAGCUCUUCUGGAGCCUUUCUGGAUCACCAGGUCCAACUGGCCCACCUUCAACACUCCCUCUAAGCACCCAGACCUCUAGUGGCAGCUCCACCCUAUCCAAGAAGAGGCCUCCUCCCCCACCACCCGGACACAAGAGAACCCUAUCCGACCCUCCCAGCCCACUACCUCAUGGGCCCCCAAACAAAGGCGCAGUUCCUUGGGGUAAUGAUGUGGGCCCAUCAUCUUCGAGUAAGACGACAAACAAGUUUGAGGGACUGUCUCAGCAGUCAAGCACCAGUUCUGCAAAGACUGCCCUUGGCCCAAGAGUUCUUCCUAAACUACCUCAGAAAGUGGCUCUAAGAAAAACAGAAACCAGCCAUCAUCUCUCCCUAGACAAAGCCAACAUCCCACCCGAAAUCUUUCAGAAAUCGUCACAAUUGUCAGAAAAACCACCUCCUGGAGACCUGCCCCCAAAGCCCACAGAACUGGCCCCCAAGCCCCAAAUUGGAGAUUUGCCACCUAAGCCAGGAGAACUGCCCCCCAAGCCACAGCUGGGUGACCUGCCACCCAAACCCCAGCUCUCAGACUUACCUCCCAAACCACAGAUGAAGGACCUGCCCCCCAAACCACAGCUGGGAGACCUGCUGGCAAAAUCCCAGACUGGAGAUGUCUCACCCAAGGCUCAGCAACCCUCCGAGGUUACGCAGAAGUCACACCCAGUGGAUCUCUCCCCAAAUGUGCAGUCCAGAGAUGCCAUCCAAAAGCAAGCAUCUGAAGACUCCAAUGACCUCACACCCACUCUGCCAGAGACGCCCAUACCACUGCCCAGAAAAAUUAAUACGGGGAAAAAUAAAGUGAGGCGAGUGAAGACUAUUUAUGACUGCCAGGCAGACAACGACGACGAGCUCACGUUCUACGAGGGAGAAGUGAUUAUUGUCACAGGGGAAGAGGACCAGGAGUGGUGGAUUGGGCACAUUGAAGGACAGCCUGAAAGGAAGGGGGUCUUUCCGGUGUCCUUUGUUCAUAUCCUGUCCGACUAGCAAAAAGCAGAACCUUGAGAUUGUCCACAUCCUUCAUGCAAGACUGCUGCCUCCAUGUAAUCCUGUGCACAAUGUGUAUAUAGCUGCUGUUACAGAAUAUGAAACUCACGGAAGGGCCACCUCAGGAGGGGAAUAUACUAUGUGUUGUAAAUAUCCUGUGGUUUUCUGCCUUUGCCAGUAUUAGGAUAACUUUGGGACCCGGCGCGCCUUACUGGUUUGCCAAAGCCAUCCUUGGCACCUAGCACUUACAUCUCUCUAUCUGUCCUGUUUUACAAGCAAACAAACGAAAACAGGAGUUUAGGAACUGCUGGCUUUGCAAACAGAAAUGAUCUCCAGCAACUGUUGAAAGGCCAUAGAAUUGAGACUCUGUUCCUAACAAUGCAGUAUUCUCAAUUGUGUUACUGAAAAUGCAACAUUAGCAAAGAGGUGGGUUCUGUUUUCCAGGUAAAACUUUUAGCUCCAUGACAGACGAGCCUGUAGUUUUCUGUGCCUGCAGUUUACAGCUACGAAAACCUACUUUGGUAUUUAUUACAGAAAAGUGCUCAGUUAAACGUGUCACUCCUUCAGCAAAAUAUUCACUGACCCAAAACUCUUUGUGGCAUUUUACAAUGCACACAUCCUCAUGCAAGUUUAGACAGGUGGAUUCACACUGUUCUGUGAUGAUGAGUGCCCACCCCUGAGAUAUUACCUCAUUAUGCAGAAAUAACAUAUCCUUCAUGACUAUUUUGACAAAAGUUUAAAACACGUCUGAUGAAGUUCAACCUUCAGGAACCAAGGACUGCCAGAAAAUAUUAGCCUCUACAUUAUGCAUGCAUUUAGAAGCUUACCUGAAAUCUGCCUUUUAUAAAGGAAUAGUAUGGAUAAGUUGAACUGUACAUUUUUUAAACUUGAUUGCCAUUAAAGCAGAAAUUAUAAGGUUGCAACAA